AUGGCUGCUUCAUCAUCGAAAAAUGUACUGAUACCCUCUUCUUCUCCGUCCUCUUCUACUCCUCCCGAUGUGGUAUCUCCUCCUGAACAAAGUACGAAAAAGUUGAUAGGAUGGCAACAUUCAGCUGCUGGAAGUAUCGGUGGAAUGGCAGGAGCUAUCGUUACUUCACCCUUUGACGUUGUUAAAACAAGAUUACAAUCGGAUCUAUUUAAGCACUCGAAUCAACCUCUAAAAGUUGCUGCUACAAACAUUGGGAAACAAAGUACUGCAAGAUCAGGUAUAUCGGGAACCUUAUAUCAAUUUGUGGAUACGGUUUAUCUGAUAAGACGGAUAGGUGUGGAAGAAGGAUGGAAAGCUUUAUAUAAAGGUCUAGGUCCAAGUUUAGUCGGUAUCAUACCAGCCAGAGCAAUCAAUUUCUAUUUCUACCCAACUUCAAAAGCAUAUUUGGCUCGUCAAUUUCCAAACGCUCCUAUUGAAAAAGCUGGUCAAACGGCCGAAGACAGUCCUGUUAUCCACCUAUCAGCCGCUGUAAUAGCAGGUAUUAUGACUGCAACCGGUACAAAUCCAAUCUGGGUCGUCAAAACCAGACUUCAACUCUCCGCAAGAAGAAAAGGAGUAAAUCUACCCCCUUCAACUGCCGCACCAGCUCUUUCAUCUUCACUCCCUGGACCAAUAGCCAAAUCCGCUGCUGCUCUCGCACAAUCCGCUUCAUCAGCAUCAACAACGACCUCUUCAGCUGCAACAGCGGCAAGUCGUUCUUCAAUGCCACCUGCAUUCACAAUGACCAUGGACAUAGUACGUAAAGAAGGUUUGACAGGGUUGUACCGAGGUUUAUCGGCGAGUUAUCUGGGUGUAUCAGAGGGUGUUAUACAAUGGGUUCUAUACGAGCGAUUUAAGAGAUUGACAUCAUCAACAUCAUUCGAUUCAUCAAAUCAAUCAGUCAUCUCAUACAUGGGAUCCAUCGUUGGAGCUUCGGGAGGUGCGAAAGCAGUAGCAUCAUUAAUAACUUAUCCGCAUGAAGUCAUAAGAACAAGACUCCGACAACCUGCUAUAAAUGGUAUAGUGAGAUAUACUGGAUUAGCACAAACUUUGAAAUUGGUUAUUAAAGAAGAAGGUGCAGCAAGUUUAUAUGGAGGCUUGAGUGCUCAUCUCUUAAGAGUCGUACCGAACGCAGCUUGCAUGUUCUUGAUAUACGAGUUGGUAGCAGGUAGAUUAGGGUCUUAG